CACUGCGAAGUCAGCAAUUUGACAAAGUUAUUUUGAUUGAGAAGAUGAAAUUCUUCACUGUAUUAUUCCUUAUCGCUUUCCUGGUUGUCCUAGUUAAUGGCCAACGAGGAUCUGGACGUCAAGGACUUGGUGGAAGACGAGUAGGAGGUCCUGGAGGAUUUGGUGGUGCUGGAGCGCGCCCAGGCAGACCUCAAGGUCCUCUCCCUUGCCAACCACGACCACAACCAUCAUCUUCAUCUGUUGCUCCUGAAUCUUCAUCUGUGGAAGCUGAAUCUUCAUCUGUUGAAGCUGAAUAUUCAUCUGCUGCACCUUCAACUGCUGCGCCCACAGAUGCUCCAUGAAGUAAAAAAAAAAUUGUUUACCUGAAUGUGAUUUAAAUUAAAACUGAACUGAAAACUAAAAAAAAAUAUAUUUUUACAUCGU